GAUACUAGUGCGACACAUCGAACGAGAGAUACUUUUUCGUGCUAUUCUGUGCUAUUCACUGUAAUUCAAGUGCGACUUGAUUGCGAAUCAAAGCGACUUUUAAAUCAUCAUCGAAUCGUUUGCUAUUACUCUAUACGUUUUUCGUUUAACAUCUAUUCUUAUUAAUUGUGCGUGAACGAGACCUACGAAAUAUUGGUGAAAUAUAAAAUGGUCGGAAAGACUGCGAUCGGUAUUGACCUGGGCACCACCUAUUCUUGUGUGGGCGUCUGGCAACACGGAAAAGUAGAGGUAAUCGCUAACGAUCAAGGAAACAGAACCACACCGAGUUAUGUGGCUUUCACCGACACGGAACGGUUGAUCGGGGACGGAGCCAAGAACCAGGUGGCGAUGAACCCGGUGAACACCGUGUUCGACGCCAAACGUUUGAUCGGACGUCGGUUUGACGACGAGAAGACACAAGCGGACAUGAAACAAUGGCCGUUCAAAGUGGUAAACGACUGCGGGAAGCCCAAAAUCCAGGUGGAAUUCAAAGGCGAGCGGAAAGUGUUCGCGCCGGAAGAAAUUAGUUCGAUGGUGCUGACGAAAAUGAAGGAAACCGCGGAAGCGUACCUGGGCCGUAGCGUGACGGACGCGGUGAUCACGGUGCCGGCGUACUUUAACGAUUCGCAGAGACAGGCGACAAAGGACGCGGGCGCGAUUGCUGGGCUGAACGUGAUGCGAAUAAUCAACGAACCGACAGCCGCGGCUUUGGCGUACGGCCUGGACAAGAACCUGAAAGGAGAGAGGAACGUGUUGAUAUUCGAUCUAGGCGGUGGUACGUUCGACGUGUCCGUUCUGCAGAUCGACGAGGGUUCGAUAUUCGAAGUGAAAUCGACGGCGGGCGACACGCACUUGGGCGGCGAAGACUUCGACAACCGGCUGGUGAGUCAUCUGGCCGACGAAUUCAAGAGGAAGUUCAAAAAAGACGUGCGUAGCAAUCCGAGGGCGUUGAGACGGCUGAGGACGGCCGCCGAACGGGCCAAGAGAACGUUGUCUUCCAGUUCGGAGGCCACCAUUGAGAUCGAUGCCCUGAUGGAAGGCGUCGAUUUCUACACGCGAGUCUCCCGGGCCCGUUUCGAGGAGUUGUGCGCGGACCUGUUUAGAUCGACCCUGCAACCGGUGGAAAAGGCUUUGGCGGACGCCAAGUUGGACAAGGGAGACAUUCACGACAUUGUGCUGGUGGGCGGUUCGACGAGAAUCCCGAAGAUCCAGAGUCUGCUGCAAAACUUUUUCUGCGGCAAACCACUUAACCUGUCCAUCAACCCGGACGAAGCCGUGGCUUACGGCGCCGCGGUGCAGGCGGCCAUCCUGAGCGGCGACACGAGCUCCGCGAUCCAAGACGUGCUGCUCGUGGACGUUACGCCCCUGUCGUUGGGCAUCGAGACCGCGGGCGGAGUGAUGACGAAAAUCGUCGAGCGCAAUUCCACCAUCCCGUGCAAACAAACGCAAACGUUCACGACGUACGCGGACAACCAACCGGCCGUCACCAUUCAAGUGUUCGAAGGGGAAAGAGCAAUGACCAAGGAUAAUAAUCUGUUGGGAACAUUCGACCUCACCGGCAUACCUCCGGCGCCCAGGGGUGUGCCCAAGAUCGAGGUGACUUUCGACAUGGACGCCAAUGGAAUUUUGAACGUUUCGGCCAAGGACAACAGUUCCGGCCGCUCUAAGAACAUCGUCAUUAAGAACGACAAGGGUCGACUGUCUCAAGCCGAAAUCGAUCGUAUGCUCAGCGAGGCCGAACGGUACAAAGAAGAGGACGAACGGCAAAAGGCCAAGAUCGCGGCCAAGAACCAGUUGGAGAGCUACGUGUUCGGCGUGAAACAAGCGUUGGACGAAGCCGGUGACAAGUUGACCGAAUCUGAGAAGAACACUGGCAAACAAGAAUGCGACGCAGUCGUCCAGUGGUUAGACAACAAUCAGUUGGCAGACAAAGAAGAGUACGAGUACAAACUGAAGGAAAUACAAAAGAGUUGCUCUGCUCUCAUGAUGAAGAUACACGGCGGUGGUCAACCCGGCGGCGCUCCUCCGGGUGCUCAAGGUUUCCCGGGUUCUAGAGGAGGACCUACCGUCGAAGAAGUCGAUUAAAUUAUUUACUUACAUUCCAUCUCGUGAUAUCUGUAAAUACUGUUGUAAAGUAUAUCUUAGAUUUUUAAUUUUGAUUAUGUAAAAUGCUUACUUAACCUAUUAGAUAUAGUAUAUUCAAGUUGAGACUGAUUUUUUUUUUUAUUGUAAU